ACCAUCACCUCUGCGCGUCCUGGAAUAGUUUUGGUUUUACCAGACGCACCAAGUUGCAGCUGCAGAGGCGCACUUUUCUCCGUGGCUCCUCUCUCAUUUUGCGCUCUCAAUCCGACAUGGAAGAUGGUCCGUCUUCAACAAGCUGUUUCAGAAGGUUAACGGACUGUUUCCUGGGUGCAAGCUUGACAGAUGAGAAAGUGAAGGCCUACCUCUCGCUGCACCCGCAGAUGCUGGACGACUUUGUGUUGGAGAGUGUGAGUGCAGAGACGUUGGACAGAUGGCUGAAGAGGAAGACCAGCAGCAGGCCUGCAGAUGACACAUCAGCUAAAGAAGUCAGCAGGUACCAGGACACAAAUAUGCAGGGUGUGGUGUACGAACUCAACAGCUACAUAGAGCAGCGCCUGGACACUGGAGGAGACAACAAACUCCUGCUCUAUGAGUUGUGCAACAUCAUCAAAAAAGCAACGAAAGCUGAUGGAUUUGCACUUUACUUCUUGGGAGAAUGCAACAAUAGUUUAAGUGUGUUCACUCCAACGGGGGCCAAGGAUGGCCCUCCAAGCCUCAUCCCCUCUGGCCCCAUUGCAUUUGGGACAACCAUUGCCGCUCAUGUUGCCAAGACUUGCAAAACACUGCUAGUAGAGGACAUCAUGGGGGACGAGCGCUUCCCCGACGGCACAGGGCAGGACUCAGGGAUCCAUGUUCACUCUGUCCUGUGCCUCCCCAUCCUCACUGCCAUCGGGGACCUCAUUGCCAUCCUGGAGCUGCAUCGGCACUGGGGCAAGGAGCCCUUCAACCUCAGCCACCAGGAGGUUGCAACAGCUAAUUUAGCGUGGGCAUCAGUUGCCAUUCAUCAAGUACAGGUGUGCAGAGGCCUCGCCAAACAGACUGAGCUCAAUGACUUCCUACUAGAUGUGUCAAAAACAUACUUUGAUAACAUUGUGGCAAUAGAUUCUCUACUUGAACAUAUUAUGAUAUAUGCAAAAAACCUGGUGAAUGCGGACAGGUGCGCGCUCUUCCAGGUUGAUCACAACAACAAAGAACUGUAUUCUGACCUGUUCGAUAUUGGGGAGGAGAAAGAAGGCAAACCUGUCUUUAGGAAAACCAAAGAAAUUAGGUUUUCUAUAGAGAAGGGAAUAGCUGGCCAAGUGGCUCAGACAGGGGAAGUCUUAAAUAUCCCAGAUGCCUAUGCAGACCCACGGUUCAACCGAGAGGUGGACCUUAAAACCGGCUACACUACGCGGAACAUCCUGUGCAUGCCCAUCGUGAGCAGGGGGAGCGUUAUAGGUGUGGUGCAGAUGGUGAACAAGUUAAGCGGAAGUGCCUUCACUAAAACAGAUGAGAACAACUUUAAGAUGUUUGCUGUCUUUUGUGCUCUGGCCUUACACUGUGCAAAUAUGUACCACAGGAUCCGGCACUCUGAAUGCAUUUAUAGAGUGACGAUGGAGAAGCUGUCUUAUCAUAGCAUCUGCACAUCAGAGGAGUGGAAGACCCUUACCCAGCUCAACCUCCCUGCACCCAUUUAUAAAGAGAUUGAAAUGUUCCACUUUGACAUAUCUCCCUUUGAGGAGAUCUGGCCUGCUGUCUUUAUCUACAUGGUUCAUAACUCCUGUGGAAAGACCAGCUUUGAGCUGGAGAAACUGUGUCAGUUCACCAUGUCUGUACGGAAAAACUACCGGCGUGUGCCCUACCACAACUGGAAGCACGCGGUGACAGUGGCACACUGUAUGUACGCCAUCUUACAGAAAACGACUGGGAUGUUCACAGAGCUAGAGAAGAAGGGUCUGUUAAUCGCCUGCCUGUGCCAUGAUCUGGACCAUCGAGGGUACAGCAACGCCUACCUGCAGAAGUUUGACCAUCCGCUGGCUGCUCUGUACUCCACAUCCACCAUGGAGCAGCACCACUUCUCUCAGACUGUCUCCAUCCUACAGCUGGAAGGGCACAAUAUUUUCUCCAACCUGAAUUCCAGCGAGUACGAGCAGGUGCUGGAGAUCAUCCGCAAGGCCAUCAUCGCCACAGACCUUGCCCUGUACUUCAACAACCACCAGCAGCUGACGGAGCUGCUGACCGUUGGCAGGCUGGAUUUGAACAACCACACACACAGGGACCGUGUGAUUGGUCUGAUGAUGACAGCAUGUGACCUGUGUUCUGUUACCAAGCAGUGGCCGAUCACACGACUCACAGCCAAUGACAUCUAUGCUGAGUUCUGGGCCGAGGGAGAUGAGAUGAAGAAGAUUGGGAUGCAGCCAAUCCCCAUGAUGGACAGAGACAAGAAGGAUGAAGUUCCCCAAGGCCAGGUGGGAUUCUACAAUGCUGUGGCAAUUCCAUGUUAUACAACACUAUCAGAGCUUUUCCCUCAGUCCGGUCCUCUUCUAAAAGCCUGCAAAGAGAACCUGAGCCAGUGGGAGAAGAUAGCGCAUGGAGAGCUGGAGGAUGUAGUGCCCAGCCGGCCUUGUGUUUCAGGCCCCGUAAAGGUGGACAACUGA